AUUUUGUGAACCGAGUUACCGUCUUAUCACAGAGGAAGUAUAAUAUUAAAGGGGUAUUGGCUGUAUAACUUGUGCACUGCAGAUUUAGCAUAUACUUUAAGCAAUAGGAUAGAAUAGUAAAAGUUACACAUCUUUCUACUAUAUAAUUAACCAAUAUGCCCCAUGUUGCAUAGUAGUAUUCAAGAAGAAAGCAAGAUUUGAGUGUAGAAAGCUACCAAAAGAAGGAGAAAUGGGAGCAGCUACUGCCACUCCCCUUUGUGUCUUUUUAUCACUUAUUCUUUUAUCACUACUGCAUGCUCCCACCUUUGCCAGAGAAAAGCACUCUUAUGUGGUGUACAUGGGAGCUCAUUCUCAUGGCAAGAGUGUCUCGUCUGCUGAUCUUGAUCGCGUGACUGAGUCACAUUAUAAGUUCCUCCAGUCAUUCUUGACAAGGACUGAGGAGGCUAAAGAUUGCAUCUUUUACUCGUAUACAAGACACAUUAAUGGUUUUGCUGCAACACUUGAUGAUGAAGAAGCAGCCCAGAUUGCUAGGCAUCCCAAUGUAGUUUCGAUUUUUCCAAACAGGGGGAGAAAAUUACAUACCACCAGGUCAUGGGGAUUCAUGGGGCUCGAAGAUCAUGGUGUAGUCCGUCCCAGCUCGAUCUGGAAAAAGGCCAGAUUCGGUGAAGAUACUAUCAUUGGCAAUCUAGACACUGGUGUCUGGCCGGAAUCUGAGAGCUUUAGUGAUGAAGGACUGGGACCAGUUCCAUCAAAGUGGAAAGGCAUCUGUCAAAAUGAUGGUGAUCCCAGCUUUCACUGCAACAGGAAGCUGGUUGGAGCUCGGUAUUUUAACAAAGGUUAUGCUGCUGUAGUUGGAUCUCUUGAUCCGGUCUAUGACACACCACGUGAUAUUGAAGGACAUGGAUCACACACUUUAUCAACAGCAGGUGGUAGUUUUGUGCCUGGGGCAAAUGUUUUUGGUUACGGCAAUGGGACAGCAAAAGGUGGAUCACCAAAAGCACGAGUGGCUGCAUACAAGGUCUGCUGGCCCCCUGAGGGUGGUAAUGAGUGCUUUGAUGCAGAUAUAUUAGCUGCAUUUGAUGUUGCCAUUGAUGAUGGUGUGGAUGUGCUGUCUGUUUCACUGGGAGGUGAUGCUGUUGGGUUUUUCAAUGACAGCGUGGCCAUUGGUUCUUUUCAUGCUGUUAAGCAUGGGAUAUUUGUUUCCUGUUCAGCCGGAAAUUCUGGACCAGAUGCAGGUACUGUUGCGAACGUAGCACCUUGGCAAUUCACAGUUGGAGCCAGCACCAUGGAUCGCCAGUUUCCUAGUUAUGUCACUCUUGGCAAUAAGAUUCGGUUCAAGGGAGAAAGUCUUUCAGUAGAAGUUUUGCCAAGAAAGCAUUUCUAUCCAGUCGUUAGAUCUAAAGAUGCCAAAGCUGCUGAUGCAUAUGCAGAAGACGCUGAACUUUGCAAAGCUGGAUCUUUGGAUUCUACUAAGGUGAAGGGAAAGAUAUUGGUCUGUCUUCGGGGUGAUAAUGCCAGGGUUGACAAGGGCCAGCAAGCUCUUUCAGCAGGUGCUGUGGCAAUGAUCCUCGCUAACAAUGAAGUUUCUGGAAAUGAAAUAAUCGCUGACCCUCAUGUGCUUCCUGCCUCACAUAUUACCUACACUGAUGGCCUUGCCGUCUAUGAAUACAUCCAAUCAACUAAGUCUCCGGUGGCUUACUUAACCCGUCCAACAACUCAGUUAGGUACAAAACCAGCUCCCUUCAUGGCUGCUUUUUCGUCAACAGGACCAAACCUUGUCACUCCUGAGAUCCUCAAGCCUGAUAUCACUGCCCCAGGAGUAAGCAUAAUAGCUGCUUACACAAGAGAAGUAGGACCAACAAAUCAGCGAUUUGACAAGCGACGAGUUCUUUUUAAUGCAGUAUCAGGAACUUCCAUGUCAUGCCCUCAUAUUUCUGGCAUUGCCGGCCUGCUGAAAACUCUGUAUCCAACAUGGAGUCCUGCUGCAAUCAAAUCUGCAAUCAUGACUACUGCAAGAACACAGGAUAACAAUAUGCAUGCAAUGACCAAUGCAUCCCACUUGAAGGCAUCACCUUUCUCAUAUGGAGCAGGACAUGUGCAACCAAACCGUGCUAUGGAUCCCGGAUUGGUUUAUGACCUAACUGUAGACGAUUACCUUGUAUUCUUGUGUUCCCUCAAUUACAAUCAAAGUCAGAUCACACUGUUUUCAGAGGAGCCUUAUACCUGCCCGAAACACAUUAUUCUCAUGAAUUUCAAUUAUCCUUCCAUCACCGUCCCUAACCUCAAAGGCUCAAUUACAGUGACCAGAACGGUUAAAAAUGUUGGUUCACCAGGUACGUACAAAGCACGCAUAGUUAGGCCACCAGGAAUAACAGUUGCAGUUAAGCCAACUAGCCUGAAAUUUGGAAAGAUUGGCGAAGAGAAGAAAUUUAAAAUUACAAUGAAGCUCAAACAAAGAAGUGCAGCCAAGGACUAUGUGUUUGGGAAGUUGAUAUGGUCAGAUGGUAAGCACUUUGUGAGGAGUCCUAUUGUGGUUAAGGCAUUUUAAAAUUUUAAUGCUAGCAGGUUAUAAUGAUAAUUUAUUCUUCUUCUUUUUCAUA